CGUCCUUCGUGAACCGUUGGCUAGGGUUUAAGGCUAACCUCCUCAUCAUCAUCUUCAUGAUAUGGUAAACCAAGCCCAUCCCCUAACCAUCCAUGGCGGUUUCGGGGUUAAGCUUCGCUUGCAAGCCUCAUUUCUCUCUUCGGCCUCCUCUCUUUCACUGUUUCCGCAAAAUUCGGUUCAGUUCCGUUGCUGCAAUUGAGACGCUUGAUGAACCAGAAAUUUUUAUCAAAGACAAAAGCAGUCAAAGUUCUGACUCUUCUCAUACAAAUAAUGUGAGUGAAGAGGACAGCAAAUUGCCACAGUGGAAGAAGCUGAAUUCUCAGGAUCUUGGAAUUAGCACUACAAAUAUUUCCAAGCCAACAAGGAAAGUUCUUAAUGGGCUCAAAAGAAAAGGGUAUGAGGUUUACCUUGUAGGAGGAUGUGUACGGGAUCUUAUUUUGAAGAGAACACCAAAAGACUUCGAUAUAAUAACCACAGCAGAACUUAGAGAGGUGGUGACGGCAUUUUCACGGUGUGAAAUAGUUGGAAGACGGUUUCCUAUAUGCCAUGUGCACAUUGGUGAUACAAUAGUGGAGGUUUCAAGUUUUAGUACAUCGGGGCAGAAGUUUGGUAGGAGCCUGAACUACAAACUUGGAAGACCAGCUGGCUGUGAUGAGAAGGAUUUUAUUCGUUGGAGAAAUUGUUUGCAGCGGGACUUUACAAUUAACGGGUUAAUGUUUGAUCCAUAUGCAAGGAUAAUUUAUGACUACAUGGGAGGAAUUGAAGAUAUUAGAAAAGCUAAAGUACGCACUGUGAUUCCUGCAGGUACUUCUUUUCAAGAGGAUUGUGCUCGCAUUCUACGUGCAAUAAGAAUUGCUGCUCGGUUAGGCUUUAGUUUUUCUAGGGAAACAGCUCAUUUUAUCAAAAAUCUGUCUUGCUCAAUAUUGAGACUGGAUAAGUCAAGGAUUCUGAUGGAAAUGAACUACAUGCUAGCGUAUGGUUCUGCAGAGGCUUCUUUGAGAUUACUGUGGAAAUUUGGACUGUUAGAAAUACUUUUACCUAUUCAGGCAGCAUAUUUUGUUAGUAAUGGUUUACGGAGACGUGAUAAGAGAUCUAAUAUGCUCCUGUCAUUGUUUUCUAACCUGGACAGACUUCUGGCACCUGACAGACCAUGCCAUGGUAGUUUAUGGGUUGGAAUAUUAGCAUUCCACAAAGCACUUUUGGACGAACCUAAAGAUCCUCUGGUCGUUGCUGCAUAUAGCCUUUCAGUCCACAAUGGUGGAGAUAUACUGGAAGCAGUAAAUAUUGCCACUAGGAUCAACAAAUCCCAUGAUACUAGCUUUCAUGAACUAUCAGAGCCACGAAAUCUAGAGAAUCAGACAUUGAUAAAUGAGGUUAUGGAUCUUGCUGCAUCUGUUAAAAGCACUUUGUGCAAGAUGACUGAUGAGCAUUUUGUCUCCCAGGCAAUGUCAGCAUACCCUCAAGCUCCUUUUUCAGAUCUGGUUUUUAUACCAUUGGCUUUGUAUUUGAAAGUUUGCAAGGUUUUUGAGUGUGUGAGAGAGGGUGCAGAGAAGGGAUUUGUGGCAAAGCAAGGUAGCAGGAUUGACUAUGAGUUGUUAGCAUUGGGUAGCCUAAGUGAACUACGACAUACAUUUGCAAGGGUUGUUUUUGAUACUGUAUAUCCUCUUAAUCGAACCUAAAUUAAGAUGUCGACAUAAGGGUGGCGUUUGGUACUUGACAAUGCAAUGUAAUUAUAGAUAAUAUAAUUACAAAUAAUGUGAUUGCAGGGAAAACAACAUUUCAAUGUUUGGUAUACAAGUAAAAUAAUGAUUAAAAUGUAAAAAAGAUAAUAUUAUAGCAUUUGGUUUACAAAUACUUUGUUCGGAAUAUAAUGUUAAUUUUUAA